UCUAUAAAAGGAAAUAUAUUUGGUAAAAUUUGAAAACAGGAAAGUAUAAUUGCUGUAGUUUGUAACUAAAUUUUAAAUGGCCGAGACUUUAGCCACUCAAAUUCUAGCGAUCCUAUUCUGUUUAUCGGCAGCUGCGGCCGCUUCAGGAGCAAAGGUUUAUUCCUUCAAUAGUCAGAAUAGCACAUCUCUGUCAUCCCUGAAUGCCAAUAAUGGUAUUUGCAAAUCGGUGGUGGAGCCACAAGGCUACGCCUGCCAAGAACAUACGGUAACAACAAAAGAUGGUUAUAUUCUUAGCCUUCAGAGAAUGCCUUCUGGGCUGUCCGGUCAGGCAGCAGACAAGCCGCCAGUUCUGCUGCAACAUGGGCUAAUUGUGGAUGGCGUAACGUGGCUGAUGAGUCUUCCUGAUGAAUCUUUAGCAUUCAUAUUGGCGGAUAAUGGUUAUGAUGUGUGGAUUUCCAACGGUCGUGGGACUAGAUUUAGCCGGGGCCACACAUCACUCGAUCCCUAUGAUUCGGCUUAUUGGGAUUGGACCUGGGAUGAGUUAGCUGCCUAUGAUCUUCCAGCUACAUUUCAGUAUGUGCAUGACCAGACAGGGCAGAACCUUCACUAUGUUGGGCAUUCCCAGGGAACUUUGAUUGCUUUGGCUGCCUUUUCUCAAGGAAAGUUAUUGAACAUGUUAAGAUCGGCUGUUUUGCUCUGUCCAAUAGCUUAUCUUAACCAUUUGACAUCACCGUUUGCAAGAGCUCUUGUCGAUUUAUUUAUAGCUGAGGACUUGUACUGGUUAGGACAACCUGAAUUUUCUCUUAAUGGGCAGGUUGUGAACAAGCUUCUGGAAGUUAUCUGCAGUAAUCCUGGGAUCGACUGCUCUGACUUAUUAACAGCUAUAACUGGCCCGAAUUGCUGCCUGAAUUCAUCUAGGACAAAAGUGUUUCUUGAUUAUGAACCUCAAUCAACAGCAACCAAGAACAUUAUCCACCUGGCACAUAUGAUUAGGACGGGAACGAUAGCAAUGUAUGAUUAUGGCAAUGAAAAUGAUAACAUGGAUCAUUACGGGCAGCCUACUCCUCCAGUGUAUAACAUGACCAGCAUCCCUAAUGACCUUCCUCUUUUUCUUGCCUAUGGAGGGAAGGACUAUCUCUCUGAUGUGAAGGAUGUACAAGUUCUACUAGACAACCUCAAAGAUCACGAUGGCGACAAGCUGGUGGUACAAUACACCGAUGAAUAUGCUCAUGCAGAUUUUGUUUUAGGCGUGAAUGCUAAUCAGAUUGUCUAUGAUCCUGUAAUAGCCUUCUUUAAGAUCAACUGAUCUGUCUGAGAACUCUGUUUGUGGACAAUAGCAGGAUCUGUUUAUGUCUGCUUUUCCAUGUAGACAGGCCUAUAAUAUCCAUGUUUACUGCAAAUAUUCAAUCUCAUGAUUGAAUGUAAAGGUCACGUACUGCUUAAAUAGUUUUGAUUUCCUUGGUCAA